CUAGGCUCCAACGCCUCCAAACCAAGAUUCCGAAUAAUUUUGAGCUUCACGAAAACGACAGUUCCACAACACAGCCCGCGAUGCCACCACGCAUAUCUCUACGGACCGCCUCAAGGUGCCUGGCCAUUCGGCCGGCUCCCCAGCCAUCAAUUGCCCGCCACACACCCAUUACCCUCCGCACAUACCCCGUUCGCGCCUUCGCAGACUCGAAAUCCCCCAAACCAAGCUCGAACCCGACAUCGUCAGAUGCCCUGCCUAAUGCGAGCGAGGAGGCCGCACAGGUCGGCGAGGCCACCGGCAAGGCUACACCAGAGCUGGAUCAAGGGAUACCAGUGCAAGAGAUCUUAAAACGGGACCCCGAGCUCGCGGAGAAGGCGCCGGAAGUGAUGAAGGAGAAGCCUACGGAUGCGAAGACGAGCGCAGAGGCCCCGGGUGAAGAGGGAGCCACGACUUUUGACAACCUGCUGGCUCUGGGACAGAUGGAUGCGAUUGCCAAUGGAGGGCACGCGAGUGAUAUGACGCCAGAGAUGGUGGGCCAUAAGUUCCCCCUGCCGGAUAUGCCGUUGAAGCCAUUUUCGAAUCGCAAGGAGCGCUAUGAUCCGAUCGUUUCUCAGAUCACAAACCUCCUCAUGCAGCAUGGCAAGCUGAGCCGUGCUCAAAGGCACAUGUCCUACAUCCUCAACCAGCUCCGCACUGCACCUCCCCCAGUGCCGUCUCAAGCUCGCCCCCUCGUCCCUGGCUCCCCACCCCCAAUCGAACUGCCCCUAAACCCAAUCAACUACCUCGCCGUCGCCAUCGAUUCCAUCGCACCUCUCAUGCGCAUCCGCCAACAGAAGGGUGCUGCCGGAGGUGGUAUGUCGCUGCCGAUCCCUGUUCCCCUGACUCUACGCCAGCGCCGGCGCACAGCCAUCAUGUGGAUCCUGGACACGGUACUCAAGAAGAAGAGCCGUGGUAGCGGGCCCACGAUGUUUGCGCAGCGCUUCGCGGAUGAGAUUAUCAGUGUGGUCGAGGGGAAGAGCGGCGUGUGGGAUAAGCGGGCGAUGGUGCACAAGGCGGCAACGUCGGCGAGAGUGAACUUGACUUAUUCGAAGCAGAAGGGAAGGAGGCUGUAGGGGUAGUAUCUGUGGAGUUGGUGGUUGAUGUAAGAUAUGUAUAAAGGCUUGGGUGUACGACAGGGCUGCUGUGCGAGCUGUAUCAACUGGGGAUUAGUAUUGUGAAAUAUAGAUAUGUAUCUGUUGGCAUAAAUGUUAUAUAACUACGUAAAAGAUAAAACUUACACCAUAACUAAAAACAUGACA